CAGACUGUGGUCACUGACCGGAGACUCUACUGGCUUUUAUUCUGCUCAGAUCAGACCGCAUGUCUGACCCAGGGGGUCCGCCUGCUGCUGGGAGCAAACUGCAUCCAUCCCCCCUGAUCCCUGACGGAUGGAUGCGCUCCUGACGUAGAGCAGGAGGAUGAAAACCACCGCCUGACUUAUAUUUUUUUAUUUGGCAUUUUCGCUCACAGCCUGUUUAUGGGAGGCAGGAGCUGCUUGGCCCUUUCUUUAUCACAGGGAAGAUGCAUCCGCGGUUAGCUAUGUGAAGAGCAGAGCAGAUCGCCCUAUCAUUCUCAUUUCGCGAUUCUGAGGAAUAAUUAUGAACAACGCGCAAGAUAUGUCGCCCGAUUUCGUGUUGAUGCGCCUGGUUUCCGCGGCCGAGGAUGACCGCUUGGACGCAGAAAACGGGAAUCUGCCGCCGGGAGGAGUGGUGGCAGGGCUGGGUAAGGAGGUCCUGGCUCACAGCGGCGUCAAGGCGGGUUUGGACAUAAGCCGAGAUCCGACUGCGGGCGUCGAGCAUCCCAGCAGCCGCCUGAACAAAGCGCAGCCGAGCGGGGAGGGCACGGCUGCACCUGACACCGGGGUGACGGAGAGCCGAGCCCCGCUGUCCGCGCCUCCUCCGCCGCAGAGCCCCAUGGAGGCCCAGGGCUUUGACUUUGCUGCCAGUCCCGGCCUCCGGCCUCAGCUGCUCGUCUUUUCCAAUAUAAUGCGCAACGAGGACGGGAUUUUAGAAUUAGAGCGUCGGAAUCAGCCGAGGGAUGCUCUGGGUUUGGAGCAGAGCCCGGGCCCGGCUGUCAAUAACAACAUUCUGAGUCCUGCAGAGGCUCAGCAGCAUCAGCAUCAGCAGCAACAGCAGCAGCAGCAACAGCAGCAUCAUCAUCAGCAGCAGAACCUGCUGGAGCGGACAUGGGGAGCACAUCCGCCGCUCUCAGCAUCCGCUGAGAUGCAGGGAGCUGCGGAUCUGUGCCGCCGGCAUCGACUCAUCGCUACCCCGCCCGAGUGGCCCUUGUUGUCGGAGAGAAACAACCCUCUCACCGUCAUUGACUCUAAAUGGGGCUGCGCCACCAGGGACAGAGAGGGAGCCGUGUUCGAGUUGGCCCGGCGGUUCGGGGAACUGGGGGUCGGCGCGGUGCCCAAGAUGCUGCUCAAAGCAGGAGAGCUCCCGCAGUGUUCGUGUCAGGGCGCACACGGGCCCGGGGGAGGCGGGGUGGAACCCGGGGAUGACCCCACAGAGACCAGCGAUGCUCUGCUGGUGCUAGAGGGGCUGGGCAGCGGGGAUGUUGACGGCCUGGGCAUGGACGAGUGUCCAGGGGACGAGGGGGACGAUGAGAGUGGACGCCGUGAGUUUUUACUCAACAGGAAAAGGGAGAUAGUUGAGAAAAUGUCCGGCACUUUCUCCAUUAGCAGUUUCCAGGCGGAGCUGAGGAGGCAGGUGGAGGGGAUGGCCCCUGUCGCGACCCAGGCGACGGCGGCGGCGCAGGUGUGCAGUGUGCACGGGGGCUCAGCCAGCCGGCCGUCGCACAUAAGCUCUGGGGAUGCGGCUGUUGUCGCGCAGCUUUCAGCCACACCGAUUCAGAACUCGCCGUGGACCAUGAGCCCAAACCUGAGCCAGGCUUCGACACCAAGGAGGCGGCCGGAGCGGUGCGCCAGCGCGCCGCGGACUCCCACGGGCCGCGCGGCCGGUGCGGAAAAGACCCUCAAAGUUCCGGGGAAGUCCAAAAAGGGCUCGUUAAAGAUCCGCCUGAGUAAACUGUUUCGGACUAAAAGCUGCAGCGGCUCCAAUCACCUGCUGGACAAGAGGCCCUCAGUGACCUACUCAGUGUCUUCUGCCGGGAGUCUGGUGGACAUGGCGAGCACUGCUGGAGCUGAGCAGGACACAGACAGCCACAACCUGCCCAGGCUGACCAGGGCCCACAGUGCCUUCUCCCCUGCCUCCCUCUCUGCCUCCCUCUCUGCUUUCACUGGUGAGACUGUUUCUCUAAUGGAUGUGGAUAUUUCACGGCGAGGGGCGAACACGCCACACCCUCCCACGCCUCCUCCUCCUCCACGGCGAAGUCUCAGUCUGUUAGAUGACAUAGCUGGGCCUCAGCCUGGGCCCUUCCUAGUUAUGGGUGCGUCCCUGCAGUCCCUCCCCCUGCCUCUCCCUCCUCCUCCUCCUCCCUUCCACUCCACCAUGCAGCACAGUAUCAGCCUCAACGACGCCUUCCUCCGGGCCCUUCCUCACUCAACAUCAUCAUCAACCAUGGCUGAUGCGCGACCCCCCACCAGACAAGCUCCGCCCCCCAUGCUGUGCGCCCUGCGGCGGUCUGAGGCCAGCAACUUUACCGCCAGUCUGAGAGAACUGGAGAAGUGUGGUUGGUACUGGGGUCCAAUGAACUGGGAGGAUGCAGAGAUGAAACUGAAGGGGAAACCGGACGGAUCCUUCCUGGUGCGAGACAGCUCUGACCCCCGAUACAUCCUGAGCCUCAGCUUCAGAUCGCAGGGAGUCACACACCACACACGCAUGGAGCACUACCGAGGGACGUUCAGCUUGUGGUGUCACCCAAAGUUUGAGGACCGCUGCCACUCGGUGGUAGAGUUCAUCGAGCGAGCCAUCAUGCACUCCAAGAACGGCAAAUUCCUCUACUUCCUGCGCUCUAGAGUCCCAGGGCUUCCUCCCACCCCAGUUCAGCUGCUGUAUCCUGUGUCUCGCUUCAGCAAUGUGAAAUCACUACAACACCUCUGUCGCUUCUGCAUCCGACAAAUAGUCCGCAUCGACCACAUCCAGGAGCUUCCACUGCCCAGACCACUCAUCUCCUACUUGAGUAAGUUUUAUUACUACGACCCAGAGGAGGAGAUGUAUCUGUCAAUCAAGAGCAUCCAGAGGGUGGUGGGAGCAGAGCAGGAGGCCGAGUCGCAGACGUAACAUCAGAGAUCUUCUCAGUUCAACUUUCUGUUUGAAGGACUGAUCUGUGCUGGUCUGCCAGUCUUCCAGCAUCAGCCAAUCAGAGUCUGGAAAUCUCUGCAUCCAGAUGGACUGGGACGGACUCGCUUCUCUGUUGAUUUGGACUAAUGAGAGGAGGGGAGGUGUGUGCAGCUGGAUGUUGUGAUAACUGUCGAUUAGACCGCACAGUUGAAGAAGACUCGGACUCGUCUUCAGACCGACCACAAAGAUGUUCUCGUUUGCAAAGAUGUCUUGGGAAAAACAAUGGAAAGCAUACAUUUUGAACUCCAUUUGCAAGUUUCCUGCUGAACUGGACUUUAAAAACACAAAUGCACUGGUCAAUUUGUACAACUGUUUGCUGCCGUUUUCUUGUUUUUUUUUUCUCCCAUUCUGUCAAAAUGAGGGUGUUUGGAUAAAAACUUGCCCUCAGGAUCAAUUUACACCCUGAGCAGGGCAACAGAGACCUGUCACCGGGCAUUUGGACGGUCCAAGUACAAGAGUUUAAAAAAAGAUGUGCUAUCAUUUUGGAGGUUGGGCAUUUUAUUUAUUUGCUUGACAAAACCAUGUUUCCAUUGUUAGCUAAAAAUGCUAAUGCUAACAUAAAUUAUGGAUUAAGAUAUUUUAUACCAGAACUUUAUUUUAAGUGGAAGUUCUUGUCUUACCCUGAGAGAAUCGAUAAACUACAUAAUACUUUACAUCACACACCUCGACCUCUGAAUGUUUCAGUUCUGUUUUUUUUAAGCGUCGAUGGUUCAAGCCUGAAGUGUUCAUGUUAGCUGAAGUUUGUUUCACUUUGCCUUUACCAAGAAAUGAGUGAUAUAUUCACCCUGUCGGUGUUUAUCACAAUCUAGAGUAGCUGCUGUCAGGAGCUGUUAAGCUAACAAUGAAACAUGCCAACUAAUUCAAGGAAAAUUUGACUCUGUCUCUGAAACCACAGGUUUCUAUACAUCUACAUUUGUACAAUAAUGGAAUUUUGGCUGAAUUACGUUUUCAUCGUGUAUUUUUUCAAAAUGUACAUUCACUUGUUGCGACCACAUUAUUAAAAUUAAUUACAGUUAUUUUUCAAUGACACAAUCCGUUUGUUCAAAUUUAAAAACUUCCAAAGUGCUUUCGUCCACCAUCAUUGUUCACCAUCUGCUGGUGACCACCGUUAUGCAUUUACAUCGGAGGUUGGCUCUGGGAGUGACAUCACCCCUGAAUUCCCUGUGAUCCAGUUGAAAAGUCUUGGGCUAGCUAUUGUUAGCAAUACCAGUCGAUUUCAACGUGGAAUUCUGCUCACACAAACAGUGUAGCAACAUAUCUACAGUUACCUGUAUGACUGAUGUACUGCAAAACAAAUAUGACAGGAGAGAGAAAUGGUAAAAUAGCAGUAUUUGUAUGCUGGCAGCCAUCUUGGAAUCCCAUGUCAGGGUUGGUGAUGUUGCUCCGAGUUGGAAAUCUGAGUUCAGGGGGCGUUCCUGUGUGUAAGAAACGCCCCCUGACCUUGGAAUUCCGAGUUCCAACUACAUAAUAUGCCAUAAUAUGCUGUAUAUGACAAUAAUGGGUUCACUUUACCUCAAUCCAGCCAGUGAUUACAUUAAGUACGACUAGUUGUACAGAAAUGCUGUUUCUCAGAGACAGGGUUGAUCAACCCACAUCAUUAUUGCUGCCAUUUCUGUCACUAUUUGUCAUUCUCGUUGAUUGAUGAUCAGCUGUAGGAGAACGAGGACUUCCUUAUUCUUGACUGAAUGACAAAUUGCUGGUUGAUCAAAUGUUUCUUCAUUAAAGCACCACUGAGGAUAACACAAGAAGUGUGCUACUUAGAGGCGUUGGUAGUGAUCACAGACUGUAAAUAAAGAUAGACGACUGGUCUCUACUUCCACCCAUUUCACAGAAUGAAGCCAAAUUAUCAAAUUAUUAUACGGGUGCUGCCAUCUCACAAUGGUGAAAUGACGUAUUUUGGAGUCAGAGUCUGUGCAAUAGUGUUUGUGGAGUGAAGCCAUUCUAUCAAGGUCCCACAAAUACACCUGCUCGUCCAAUCAUGAGUCAUUUUUAGCUGUCAAUCACAAUGUUUCACCUCGUAGUAUAUGAUACUGUAAAACAAACUUACGGGAAAAACAUAAUACUUGAUGAUAUGCAAGUGUGAUGAGAUUGAUGUAAAGUGAUGGAAAUCAUCUUUGGAAACUUUGUUGGAUGUCAACUUUGUUUGUUUAGUUUGGUCCAUGUCCCAUCCACUAAUGCUGUGUUUCCACUACAUUGUCCCAGCUCGCCUCGCCUCUACACGGUUUGGUUGGUUUUCCAUUAAAUAGUACCUCCUCAACGUGGGCGGAGUCAUCACUGCAGGGCUGCAUGAAACUGCCGUGACUUCGUUUUACACACCACACACACAAACCAGUGAAUAGUGACUUGUAAAGCAGUUGUUUUCAGUGUAACUGAAUCAAUAGAAUCAGUUCAUUAAAAAUAUUUGUUCAGUACUUCCUCCAUGACUGGAGCACAGACUAAAAAACAGUAGCAGGGUUUGUGAUGCCGUGCUGUCGCUAAAUAUAGCAGACUCCUCUGGUAAAUAUUGAGAUUUUAUUUAUUUCCUUGGUAAUUGUUGGCGAUUAAUCCACGUUUUUAGAAUUGUUAAGUCUUUUUAAUUGAACUAUAGUUCGGCAUUCUUGUGUUGGACAUCUUACUUCUGCCUCUUCCUGUGACGGUACUUUGACCAAUCAGUGGCCGGCAGUCUGACGACGUCACGUAUAGUGUCAGCUCAGCUCGCUUGGAACCUCACCAGAGAAGGUACUAAAAAAAGUACCAAGUACCAGGUACUAUCGCUAAUGGAAACGCAGAACAACCAUACCGUGCCGAGGCGAGGCUUGUCACGCUAGUGGAAAAGGGUCUUUACAUGGGGGAGUGGGGCUUAUACCACCAGGGAGUGACCCAGAGAAACUGGCUUCACUUUUGGGAAGUCACGUUUCGUUACUGUUUGCCUUUGCACCAUCCAUGUAUCACUAUAUUGGUGGGUAUAUACAUGUAUAUCAGCUUUGAGUCAUUGAAGAAAACACUGAAGUUUAAAUGUGCAGCUCUGAUUUAAGGUGGACUUUUCUUUUACAGUCAAACAACUCUUUGUGGAUGAAGACAAGAGGAUAAAGGAGUAAACAUUGAGUAAAUGUUUGUUUGAAUUUGGGGUUUGGUGUCACUGGGACUUUCCAACACCAUACCCAGAUGCUUUACUUUCCCAUCAUGCCCAGCCUCACAAUGAGUAUCAUUCUGCCAUGACUGAUAUCAACCUGUCAACCAGUUUUAUUUGUUGAAAUGCCCAGGUGUAUUUUUUCACUCUGUUUCUCAGUUUCCUGAAGCUGCAGCCACUGGUUCAGCAUUUUCAGUAAAAGAUGAAAAAAUAAGGAAGAGAAAUAUUGUAUGUGUUGUAAUUUUUUUUAUGUUUUAAUAUUUAUUGAGGCAUUUCUCCAGAGCAUUAGAUGAGAAAAAACCCUAAUUUGGCUCCAGGAUUUUAGAAAUGAAACUCAUAAAU